AUGCCCAAAGAAUUAUCCAUGGAUGGGGGGGAUAUGGAGCCAAGGGCUAGGAAGGCUCCCGGUACUGACACAUGCACCAAGGAAAAAUCAACACGGCGCCAGUCCAAUCACCUCAUCAUGUCCGUGUCUGUAUCUCCCACUUCUACCCCUCUUAGCUCUCUAAUCGCGAUUAACAAAUUAACCGGUGGUCCCUCAUCGGAUCUAACUGUUCCCUCAGCCCCUGUCGAUUUCAUCCGGGUUGUUCUGUUCACUAUUUUGAAUCCAGAAGAGAGUGAGUGGUAUUCCUCACCUAAAACCCCUGCCUGUCAUGUGGGGUACUUCCAUCUGAGAACGGAUUGUGGUGCUGGCCAUACCGUCUGGUAUAUCUAUACCUUUUAG